AUGUCGAACUUUCUCGAUCAGUUGAUUAUGGAGGAUGUGGCCAAACAUUGCCCGCAACAGUUUAUGCAAUACCACAAGUGUAUCUCUAACAACCACGAUGACCCUUCCCAAUGUUCAUACCGAAGGAAUGAUCUCUCGAAAUGCAUUCAUGCCAAGGUACCUUCAGUACAGAAAGUGAUGGCUAACUGUAAAGAUAUAAUGAAGAAGUACGAGGGUUGCAUCAAGGAUAACAUGGCUUCAAGAACCAUCAAUGAAAACUGUCUAGGCCUGCUGGCAGAGCUGCGAGAAUGUGCCGAGUCGCAGAUGGAGAAGGAUGGAGUGAGACCCGUCAAUGAGAUGUUUGUCUACAGCGACGAUAAGAGCGGCAGAAAAUAG